CAUAUAGGUACUAAAGAGGAAUUUGUUAAAGUCAGAAAGAAGGACCUGGAACGGCUGACAACUGAAGUGAUGCAAAUACGGGACUUCUUACCCAGAAUACUAAAUGGGGAGGUGCUGGAGAGCUUCCAGAAAUUAAAGAUUGUAGAAAAAAACCUGGAAAGGAAAGAGCAAGAACUAGAGCAGCUGAAAAUGGAUUGUGAGCACUUUAAAGCCCGCCUGGAAACCGUGCAGGCUGACAGCAUAAGAGACAAGAAGGAGAAACUGGCUCUUCGACAGCAGCUGAAUGAAGCGAAGCAGCAACUUCUGCAGCAGGCAGAGUAUUGUACAGAAAUGGGAGCAGCAGCUUGUACCCUCUUGUGGGGCGUCUCCAGCAGCGAGGAAGUCGUCAAGGCCAUUUUGGGAGGAGAUAAAGCUUUGAAGUUUUUCAGCAUCACUGGUCAAACAAUGGAGAGUUUUGUGAAGUCACUGGAUGGUGAUAUCAAGGAGCUUGAUUCGGCUGAAAAUCAGUUUGUUUUUGCUCUGGCUGGAAUUGUAACAAGUGGGUGUCCCAGCAGGCGGCUUUACUUCCUGCUGUACAGAGUCAAGGGAUUUGUGCUGUGCCUGGACCUUGGAUUGCGGGGGACCCUGAGUGCUGUCCUGGCACUGAGCUGCAUGUGGAGGGCCCAAAGUCUCCUUUCUGUGGCUGUUUCUCCACUGCUGCCACGUGACACUGGCGUUUCCAUUCGCCUUGACACUUGGCUGAUGCUGAUGUCCCUGUACAAUGUAAGCAUCAAUUUGAAAGGCCUGAAAUACAUCAGCGAGAGUCCAGGAUUCAUCCCGUUGCUGUGGUGGCUUUUGAGUGAUCCAGAUGCAGAGGUGUGCCUUCAUGUACUGAGGCUUGUCCAGUCUGUGGUUCUGGAACCUGAAGUCUUCUCCAAGUCGGCCUCUGAGUUCCGGAGCUCCCUGCCCCUGCAACGCAUCCUGGCAAUGUCCAAGAGCCGCAACCCCCGCCUGCAAACCGCAGCCCAGGAGCUCCUGGAAGACCUCCGCACUCUGCAACAUAAUGUGUAGGCGUGCUCGGCCACCAGGGUUUUGGUGAAAAUGCCGGUGUCCCUUCUCCUCCCCAGAUCCCUCAUUUGAUACUGCAAAACCGUCACCAUGUGCCAUGUGUUAGAGUUGGCAAAAUGUGAUUGACUAGAGAUGGACCUGAAUUGAUAUGUAUCCCACAUAACUUGCCUUGGAAGUGAGAGUACUUGUAGGUGGUUGGUUAAGCUUGCCAAGGAAGAGGCCAUGAAAGAACCUGGCCUUCCAGAAAAGUGGUCCAUGUCUGCUGGCUGGAAGAGGGCUUGCUUAGGGCAGUUUCUUGCUACUCAAAAGACCAUGACUGAUAGGUUCACCUAUAAAACAGGGAAAUUAAAUAACCAUCUACCCCAUUGGUCAGCAUUUUCCUGAGAUACAUUUCUUUGAAAAGCAAUUCAUUCUCUCUCUAGUAAUUGUAAUCAAUCACCCCAAAAUGCAAGUUUACUUUUAUAACCUUUUGGUGAACCUGCUAUUUCGGAUGACACUGGACAUUUUAGUUCUAUAUUUUUUGUGCCUGUUUUAUUUUUGAAUAAAGAAAGUCAGAAGAGUUGUAUUAC